AUCACCUCACUUUCUGUGCUUAGAAAUUGUUUCCUAUUAUAAUCAAGAUCAGAUCAAUAAUAAUGACAAGCUUUUCCUUCUUCAAAUCACUUUUUUUCUUUCUUCUCAUCAUUUCAGAUUCAUUUAUGCAAAUCAAUUGCCUAAGUUGUGGAAUAAACUAUGGACAAAUAGCAAACAAUCUACCAUCUCCUUCUAGAGUAGCUGUUCUCAUAAGAUCCAUGAAUGUCACAAAGAUUAAACUCUAUGAUGCUGAUCCAAAUGUUCUACUUGCUUUCUCUCAAUCAAAUGUUGAAUUUGUUAUAGGACUUGGAAAUGAGAAUCUUCAAAAUAUGACAAACCCUUCCAAAGCUCAAAAUUGGAUUCAACAACAUGUUCUACCUUAUCUUUCACAAACCAAAAUAACUUGCAUACAUGUUGGAAAUGAAGUUCUCAAUAGCAACAACACUCAAAUGAUGUUAAACCUUUUACCUUCGAUGCGAAAUGUUCAUACCGCCCUUGUUAAUCUCGGGUUAGACCGAUUAAUCAGUGUCGCGACAGCUUUUUCUUUCAACGUUUUGGAAAAUUCUUACCCUCCUUCAUCUGGUUCUUUUAAGCAAGAUUUGAUUCAAUAUAUUCAACCACUAGUUGAAUUUCUUGAUGAAAUGAAAUCACCUUUUCUUAUUAAUGCUUACCCUUUUUUUGCAUACAGAGAUAACCCUAAUGAGGUACCUUUAAACUAUGCACUUUUUCAACCAAAUCAAGGUUUGGUGGAUCCAAAUACAAAUUUGCAUUAUGAUAACAUGUUGUAUGCACAAAUUGAUGCUGUUUAUGCUGCAAUCAAAGUGCUAGGGUUUACAAAUAUUGAAGUUAGGGUUUCUGAGACAGGUUGGCCUUCUAAGGGUGAUUCUGAUGAAAUUGGAGCUACUAUACAAAAUGCAAAACUGUAUAACGGAAAUUUGCUUAGAAGAAUUGAAGAAAAACAAGGAACUCCUGGAAAGCCUUUGGUUCCAAUUGAUGUAUAUGUUUUUGCACUUUUUAAUGAAGAUUUGAAAAAUGGUCCUGCUUCAGAAAGAAACUAUGGUCUUUAUUAUCCAAAUGGUAGCCCAGUUUAUAACAUUGGAUUGCAAGGUUAUCUCCCACAAAUGGCUCUGCCAUCCAAAUCUAAUGUUUUGUCUUUCAAUUUUGUUGUAUGGAUAGUAGUUACAUACUUGAUCUUUGCUUGGGAGCUUUGAGGAUAGGAAGCAUGGAAAAUCCUAUAAAUAUUUGUUUUUUUGGUAUAAAAAGGUGAGGGAAUAUUCAAAUAAUUCCUCAACUGUUUUUAUAUUUUCCAUUUUUGUAAUUUCCUUGCACUUUUUUGGCAAGGUGAUUCAAAUUUUCUGGUUUACAAUUAAAGUAUUCAUGAGAUAUCAUAUCUUGAUCAUGUGAAUACUGAAUUUAUAGUGGUGUAAAAUGACUAUAUAGUUGUAGAAUAUUUAUUUUAAGUCUAAGGUCACAUGCUAGUUAAUCAUUUUAUGGAGAAAAUUUUAGGACCAUACAUUUUGUAAAUUAGUCUUGUCUUGAGCUAUACAAAGGUUCAAUUGGGUUGCACUGGAUUAUUGGGGAAAAUAAUAGCUAGCACUCUUGGAACCUCAU